UGUCAAGCUGGUUGUGAAGGUGUUUGAUCUGGUCCCCUCGACCCCAGCUGGAGUCCCCAUGGCUGCUGGAGUGGCAGCCUGGCUCCCCUUUGCUCGGGCGGCGGCCAUAGGAUGGAUGCCCGUGGCCAACCUGCCCAUGCCCGUCGCACCGACCAAUAAGAACAAGCAUCAGGACGAGCUUAUUAUCCUCAACGUCAGUGGCCGACGCUUCCAGACCUGGCGCAACACGCUAGACCGUUACCCUGAUACGCUUCUGGGGAGCUCUGAAAAAGAAUUCUUCUUCAAUGAGGAAACUAGGGAGUAUUUCUUUGACCGAGAUCCGGAUGUGUUCAGAAGUAUUCUUAACUUCUACCGCACAGGUAAGCUGCACUACCCACGCUACGAGUGCAUCUCUGCCUACGAUGAGGAGCUGGCGUUCUUUGGAAUCAUUCCUGAGAUCAUCAGUGACUGCUGUUACGAAGAGUACAAGGACCGCAAGAGAGAGAACAUAGAGCGUCUUAUGGAUGACCUUGAGGACAACAAAGAUAGCAAACUCCCCAACAUGACUUUCCGCGAGACCGUGUGGAGGGCCUUCGAGAACCCGCACACUAGCACCAUGGCGCUGGUUUUCUACUAUGUAACCGGAUUCUUCAUCGCCAUAUCUGUCAUCACCAAUGUGAUUGAGACAGUUCCUUGCAGUUCUAUGCCGAAUCAGAGAGACAUCCCCUGCGGGGAGCGCUACACAGAGGCAUUUUUCUGCAUGGACACGGCUUGUGUAAUGAUCUUUACGGUGGAGUAUCUGAUGCGACUGUUCGCGGCGCCCAGCAGGUACCGCUUCAUGAGAAGCGUGAUGAGCAUUAUCGAUGUGGUGGCCAUCUUGCCGUAUUACAUUGGGCUCGUCAUGACCAACAACGAGGACGUAAGCGGAGCUUUCGUCACGCUACGGGUGUUCCGCGUCUUCCGAAUCUUUAAAUUCUCCCGCCACUCCCAGGGUCUCCGGAUCCUUGGCUACACGCUGAAGAGUUGCGCGUCCGAGCUCGGUUUCCUCCUCUUCUCCCUCACCAUGGCCAUCAUCAUCUUUGCCACAGUCAUGUUCUACGCUGAGAAAGGCUCCUCGUCCAGCAAGUUCACCAGCAUCCCGGCCUCCUUCUGGUACACCAUUGUAACCAUGACAACGCUGGGGUACGGAGACAUGGUCCCUAAGACCAUAGCAGGAAAGGUCUUUGGCUCCAUCUGUUCUCUCAGUGGGGUGUUGGUCAUCGCUCUGCCUGUUCCCGUCAUUGUUUCCAACUUCAGCCGCAUCUACCAUCAGAACCAGAGAGCUGACAAGCGUCGGGCUCAGAAAGUUCAGAAAGCCCGACUGUCCCGAAUGAGAAUUUCCAAGUGUGGCAGCUCUAGCGCCUUCCUGCAUAGCAAACGAAAUGGGCUCAACCAAUCACUGGAGCUAACGCAGCUCCCCUAUUACAAGAUGAAACCUUCACCACAGGGCUCCUUGGAGGAGGACCAACAACUGAAGAAGACCACAUCUCUGCUGGAGAGUCAACAUCACCAUCUUCUGCACUGCCUGGAGAAGACCACGAAUCAUGAGUUUGUGGACGAGCGGCUGUAUGAACAGGGGUACCUGCAGACAGCACUACAGAACUUCCCAUCGCAGAGUCCAUCUCUCUCCAGUGAAGAGGGCAUCACUGGCACCUGCUGCUCUCGGAGAACCAAGAAGAACAUGCAGCCUCUCAGUGCCACACACACACACAACCUGCAGGAGCUCAGCGCAUUACACAUCCAGUGUGGGGAACAGCAACCACUAAACACCAGUCGUUCCAGUCUCAAUCUGAUGUCAGAUGAAUCAGGGAGUCUGAACUGCAAGAGCAGUGGACUGGUUACCACGGCAAUCAUCAGUAUCCCAACCCCUCCCUCAAACAACUCUCGAGCCAGUCCCGACGCUCCGCCCCCUCCCAACCCAGACGCUCCGCCUCUUCCGAACACUGGCACUGAUGUGGUGAAAAUCUCUGCGCUGUAGGACAAAACAGAACUCAGGAAGAGAAACUGAUGAGUAACCUGCCCCCUAGUGGGAGAAGGAGUGCACUGACUCAGACUCUCUGAAAAGAAAUAGAAGAUCAACAAAGAUGCCUCUGUGUAAAUGAGAGAGAGACGGCGAAAGCAAAGCAGGACAACCAUGAGUAUUUGAUCACUCUGCAUCAGGACUGAUAUAGAUGAGGGUGUCACUGCAGUGUCACUGUGCAUAAAACAUUUCUUCUUCUUUUUUCUCUUUGUUUUCUGUUGGGUCAUAGCCUACUGUUUUUUUAAUUGAUUACAGAUGGAGACAAGAGGUCAAGCGUUUGCUUUCAUCCGUGAGUCUUGUUUGUUUAAUAUCAGUCCGUUAAUCUGUUCCAACAUCGCAGACAGCCUCUCAAAGCCUCGGCUUUCUUUAUCCCAAUUAAGUUGUGAUUUGAUCUAGAGUAAUUCCUAAAGGAUAAGAGAAAAUCUGCUUUAGGUUUGAGGGAGACCGUAUGAGUGUGACAGCGUUUCUUAGACUGUGCUAAGUUUUUAUUUUUGGAAUAUGUGUGAUUGGUCAGAAUUAGGUCUAACUUGAAUGUUUCUGCACCGUGUGUGUGUGUGUGUGUGU